UAUGGCUGUGGCUGUGGAGAAGCGAGCGAAGAUCUGGGGGAAUGGUGGGACGGUUUGGGUGCCAAGACCAUGUACAGCACAGGCACAGGCACAGGCACAGACACAGACAAGUUCAAGGCACCGGCCACGCGUGUUUCCGUCCCAAGGUUCACAGGGCAAGUUACUAUCUACUACAUACAUGUGCAUCUCCACGAGUUGUAG